AUGGCAGCCCGCACGCUUGACGUGCCAGAACGACAGAUUCUGGUUGACUUCUUCGACGACCCCAACGGGUUUCGAUGGCACAUGCGAUUGCUGGUCCUGGCCACGCCGAAUCCUGGGCAGUGGAUAUGCUCGACGCCGGAUCUGAGCAUCCAGUUCAUCGACGUCACGACGCACAGGGUGAUCCCGCUCACGCGGGACUCGGAGUUCCCUCGGAGGGUCAGGGGCGAGGUCUGCGCCUUCGAUCCUCUGACCCCAGAGGAGCUCCAGCAGGUCCGCAGGGAGGCGAAAGAGCUGCUGGCCGUCUACGGGCUCACAGGGGCCGCGGACGCGCAGCCAGAGGGCGGCCGGUGGCUGAUCGCCGACCCCGCCCACCCGGGCUUCGGCGACGCGCUCCCUGCCGCGGCCCUCGCCGACGGGGACAGCCCCAUCAUCCGAGGCGACCGCGGUCUCGCCUGCGUGGGCGAGGACUGGAUCGCCGUCGAGAGGGUGCUGGGCGAGGACCUCGACAACUGGCGGCUCCUUAAGUCGACGGGCGCUGGCCGCGACAGGCGCAUCCUGGGCGACGAGCGUGUCAACGGGGCGCCUGUGCUCACUCUGACCGCCGCGGCGCGGGCCAGCAGCAAGGCCCUUCGGCCUGGCUGGCCCUUCCGCGGCGACGCCUGCGCUCCCGAGCUUGUCAUGGCGCUCGUCGCCGCGGGGAUCGUCUUCAUCGCGCGCCACCUCGACUGGGGGGCGAAGUCAGGGGUCGGCACCACGUCGGGCGUCUGCAGGACGCACCGCCGCAUCUGCGAGGGCCUCGACCAGGCCAUCUGCUACGACCAGCUCGACUUCGCCAACUGCGCGGUCAUCGAGCACCUCGCCCGCUGGCUCUACGAGGUGGAGUCGGCGGUCAGGAGGAGAUCCAAGGUGCCGGACUUCACGAACCUGGACGGCAUCUUCGCGGCGCCGAUGGCCGAGGACGGGCGGAUGCAGCUGCCGACCUUCUCCAAGUGGCAGGGGCCUCUGGCCCGGGGGCGCCCGGGUCAACGGGGCAGGUUCUCUGGCGACGCCUGCCUCGACAUCGCUUGCUGCCCGGGCGCCCCUCUUGUCGCCCUCUCCGUGCUGACGUUCCUCGUGGGCGACCUCCUGGUCGGUGGAGGCCCCGACGUGAGUUACGGCACGGACGAGCCUGGCGGUCCGACGAUGCUGGUGACGGCCCUCGGCCAGAUCCCGCCAAGGACUACCGCGCCAUCCAGGGUCACAGUCACAGAGACCCCUUCCCCCAUCCCGCUGUCUGGGGAGGUGUUCGCGCGCGGCGGCCAUGCUGGGCCUGCAUCGCGGUCGCGAGUGCGGUGUGUGCGCGAGGCGAUCUGGUCUCUGAACGCUCUCGACGCCCCAUCGCGCACCCUUCGGGCGCAUCAGCCUUCCUCGAGCCGUCGCCUCACGGAGGCGCAGCGCUCGAUCAUCUCGCGCGUCAGCCGGCGCAUCGAGAACUACGGAGAACGGCCCGACAUCCUGCCCGCUACCGCCUACGCCGACCUCAUCAAGAGUCACGACCUGUACUCGGGGCAGCCGAUGAACCUGAAGCCGUACGACCCCGACCUCCUCAAGGUACUUCAUCGUGACCGUCACCCUCAGGUGCUUCGCGGCUGCCUGGGGUCCGAGGGCCGGAGGUACCUGGACAACGCCGACGAGCUCAUCUUCAGGACUGAGGCCGAGCUGGGCGCCUUCCAGGAGAGCGAGAUGACCCAGCCCAUCACGCCGUACUGGGACCCGAUCCUCAAGAACAACUGCUGGGCCAGGAUCGACUUCAUCAAGCGCCUCGCCUCCGUGGGCCUCGUCGGGUUCAGGCUCUCCAUCCGUGGCCGCAUCGGCGCCUUCUGCGUGGGCAAGAAGGACGGGUCGCUCCGCCUCGCCCUGGAUGGGCGGGAGCCCUCCUCGCUCCACAGGAGGCCGCCCCAUGCCGCCUUGGGAUCCGCCGGGGCCCUCGCAGGGCUCGACCUUUCGGAUCAGGCUUUGCGGUCUCAGGGCGUCGACCCCCUGGCGGCCGACAUCCACGCGGCGGGCCUGGACCUCAAGGACGGGUUCUACCAGUUCGCGAACGACGACCUUGCGGACUGGUUCGGGUUCAACUACCCGGAGGCCGCGUCCGACUUCGGCGACCCGCUGGUGCACAUCCACGCCGACGGCCGUUUCGUCCAGGUGUCGAGCGACACUCGGAUCUUCGCGGAGGCCCAGUGCAAGGGCCUCCUGAGCCUGGGAUGCGAUGACGGCAGCCGCCUGGUGCACGAGCGGUGCCCCGCGCCCUUGCUGGCGCCCGGUCGCCCGCUGCCCCAGCCCUACGUGGACAACGCCAACGUCAUCGGCCUCAACUUCAGGGACACCGAGCACGCGCUGCGCGGCAUACAGCAUGUCCUGGACUACCUGGGCAUCGACUACCACGACCAGGUGGAGCCCACGAAGCUGUACACCACGGUCGGCGUCGUACUCGACACGACCGCACGCCGCCUCCGUCAUACGGAGGCCCGAGCCUGGCGCUUCUAUUUUAGUCUGGAGCACCUGCUGCGUGUGCGUCGUGCUUCAGGCCGUGCCCUCCGUGUCGUGUAUGGCCACCUGGUCAACCACUUCAUGAUCCUGCGGCCGGCGCUCUCGGCAUUGGAUGAGGGGUACCGCUUCGUCGCACAGCACUUGGACGAGCGGGCCCCCCUGGGCCGCCACCUGCUGGGCGAGCUCCGCGUGGUGAAGGGCCUGCUGUUGCUGGCCGACGUGGACCUCGCCGCCCCCUGGUCGCGCGUAGUCUACUGCAGCGACGCGUCAGGCGGCGAGCUGCGCGACUGGACAGGCUGGCCCUUCGCCGUCGCGGGGAACGGCGGCUGCGCCCUCCACGAGACGGCCUGCGCCGACUACGAGGUCAUGCAGGCUUUCAAGUACCGCGAGCGCUGGAGGUUCAAGAUGGAGGAGGAGGAGCUGGUCGCGCCUGGAGCCCCGAGUGACGGGAUCCGCGGCUGGACCCCUGAGCCCACGGCCACCUCCGACCUGCUCAUCGCCGGCCUCCUGGCACCCUGCUCCAAGCCGUCGGUGAUCGACCGGCGCCUCCCUCGCACGAGGACCGUCAUCGUGCAGGGUGCCGUGCCAGCCCUGGGCGACUCCCUUCUCGUCCGCAGCCGCUGGAAGAUGAUCGUGCGGGGCGCCUUCCGGUACAGGGCCUCCAUCCACGUGAAGGAGGCCCGGACUCAGCUCUUGGGCCUCGUCCGCGCCUCGCGCGACCCCCGUAUGCACGGGCUCCGCGUCGGCAGCCUGGGCGACAACAUGGCGGCGCUCCUCAGCUUCGAGAAGGGGCGCGCCCGGGACAAGGCCCUCCUUCAGCUGUGCCGGGUCAGCGCUGCCCGGCAGAUCGGGUGCGAGAUCCAGUGCAUCGAGUCGGCCAACGCAGGGCUGGCGGCGGACCCUCCGGGGCCUCCCGCCCGCGUGCGCCGCCCGGCGCCCGGCGGGCCGGCCGCCGGCCUCUCGCCCGGCGAGGCGCCUCGUCGGGACCACGUCCGACGCCGGGCAUUCUGCGAGCUCUACGCGGGCACCGGCAGGCUCACAGCAGCCGUCAGACUCUUCAGCUCUGACCCCCUCAUGGACUUCCUGAAGGCCUCAGGUGGCAACUGGGCCCUCCUUCACUACUGCCAGGACGGCUGCGCCUAUAAGAAGCCCACGUACCUCGCGUCGAGUCCCCCAGAGAUCACCUCGCUCGAGCGCCUUUGCCCAGGGAGCCACAGCCACGAGAUCCUCCAGGGCAAGGCGUCCCUCGCCUCGCCCUCGGGGGCCAUCCGCAGCCAUUGGAAGACCAGCCUUGCGGGGGCCUACCCACCUGAGCUUUGCCGCAGAUGGGCUCGCCUCCUCGCGGCUUGCGCCCCCCGUGGCGCACGCUGUGCUCAUGCCGGUGACCCGCUCAGCGGCGACUGGGAUACUGAGCUGGCGGCCGGCUUCCCAGGCGGAGGCAUCCAGCUCCAGCGGCCGCAACCCUCCUGCCCUGCCGGGUCGCCGCCCGAUGGGGCGCCGCCUGGCCCAGCCCUGCCGCCUCUGGCGGGCAGGCGCCGUGCCGGGGCGCAUGCCGCCGAGAGCGUCGGGGUGCGCCGGCGCGAGCGGGCAGUCGGAGCGGACAGGCCCUACCUCAAGCACCAGCGCGCCCAGCCCCGCACCGUCUCCCUGUACCGCGAGGCCCGCCGCAAGUUCAGCCUGUGGGCGACCGAGCAGCACCUCCGUCAGGUGCCCAUGGGCGAGACCGACCUGGCCAUGACAAAGUACCUCGACCACCAGUACUUCCAAGGGCUCAGCAUCGCCCAUGCCAGGAACGCCGUCCACGGGGCGAUCUUCGCGAAGGACUACCCGCGAAGGUCGCCGACCACCAUGUACCGAGCCAAGGACUCUCUGGCCGGCUGGUUCAAGGCAGGGCCCGAUCGGGUCAGAUAUCCGAUGCCGUGGGAGGCGGCGGUGCUGAUGGCCGACAACCUCGCCGAGAGAGACCGCGAGGGGGUCGCCGCCGCUGGGGCCCUGCUCGUCAGCUUCGACGGGUGCGUCAGGCCGAGCAGCGCCCUGGCCAUCACGAGUCGCGAGGUGAGCCAGCGCCAGGCCGGGUCCAACCCCAACUGCCCCAGCCUCGUGGCCACGAUCACGCCUCAGGCCGACGACCACGGCCAGCAGCCUGCCCCGUCGACCAAGUCAGGGGACCACGACUGCACCAUCGUCUUCGGCGACCAGGCCAGUCUGAAGGCCAACAGGGGCAUCUGCCGCGACGCCCUGCUCUGGGCCUCUCGCAAGGCCCGCCGCGGCAGGCUCCUUUUCGACAUCAGCCUCGCAAAGUACGAGCAGUUCUUCAACCAGGCCGUGGCCGACGUGAAGCUGGGCUCUCUCAGGGUCACGCCGCACUGUGCAAGACACGGGGGCCCGAGCACCGACGCCGCCCUGAAGCUGCGCCCUCUUGAGGCCAUCCAGAAGAGAGGCCUCUGGCGCUCGGCAUCCAGCGUGCGGCGCUACGAGAAGCAUGGCACCCUCAUGCGCCAGAUUUCAAAGAUGACGUCAUCCCAGCUUCGUUCUGUGCCGGCAGCCCUGCGCAGGCUGCAGAAUGUGUUCAAGCUUUGA